UCCCUCUCCCCCCCCCCCCCCCUUUCAUUUUUUUCUCCUCCUCCUCUUCCUCCCCGCCGCGGAGCCGGGCGCCAGCGUGAAGGAUAAAUAAAAAGCGAAGAGGAAGAGGCUGGGGAGGAGGAGGAGGAGGAAGAAGGGGGGGGAGGAAAGAAGAAGAAGAAAGCGAGCAAGAAAAGAAAGCGAGGAGCCAGGCGGCCAGCCCAGCCGCGCCGCUCCCGGCAGCCAGGGCAGGAGGCGGCGGCGGAGCGGGGCCGGCGGCCGGCGAUGGAUGACCAGCCGCGGCUGAUGCACACGCACAGCGGGGUGGGGAUGCCGGGGCACCCGGGCCUGUCCCAGCACAUGCAGGAUGGACCAGGCGGGGCGGAGGGGGAGGCAGGCAGGAAGCAGGACAUCGGAGACAUCUUACAGCAGAUCAUGACCAUCACGGACCAGAGUUUGGACGAGGCGCAGGCCAGGAAACAUGCUUUAAACUGCCACAGGAUGAAGCCGGCGCUUUUUAAUGUCUUGUGUGAAAUCAAAGAAAAAACAGUGCUGAGCAUCCGGGGGGCGCAGGAGGAGGAGCCCACGGACCCGCAGCUGAUGAGGUUAGACAACAUGCUGCUGGCAGAGGGGGUGGCAGGCCCCGAGAAGGGAGGGGGCUCGGCCGCCGCUGCCGCCGCCGCCGCCGCGUCCGGAGGAGCCGGCUCCGACAACUCGGUGGAGCACUCGGACUACAGAGCCAAACUGUCCCAGAUCAGACAGAUCUACCACACGGAGCUGGAGAAGUACGAGCAGGCGUGCAACGAGUUCACCACGCACGUGAUGAACCUGCUGCGCGAGCAGAGCCGGACCCGGCCCAUCUCGCCCAAGGAGAUCGAGCGCAUGGUGAGCAUCAUCCACCGCAAGUUCAGCUCCAUCCAGAUGCAGCUGAAGCAGAGCACGUGCGAGGCCGUCAUGAUCCUGCGCUCGCGGUUCCUGGACGCACGGCGGAAGAGACGAAACUUCAACAAGCAAGCCACGGAAAUCCUGAAUGAGUAUUUCUAUUCCCAUCUCAGCAACCCUUAUCCCAGUGAGGAAGCCAAAGAAGAGCUAGCCAAGAAAUGUGGCAUCACAGUCUCACAGGUAUCAAACUGGUUUGGAAAUAAGAGAAUCCGGUACAAGAAGAACAUAGGUAAAUUUCAAGAGGAAGCCAAUAUUUAUGCUGCCAAAACAGCUGUCACGGCUACCAACGUGUCAGCCCAUGGAAGCCAGGCUAACUCACCCUCAACUCCCAAUUCAGCUGGUUCUUCCAGUUCUUUUAACAUGUCAAACUCUGGAGAUUUGUUCAUGAGCGUGCAGUCUCUCAAUGGGGAUUCUUACCAAGGGGCCCAGGUUGGAGCCAACGUGCAGUCACAGGUGGAUACCCUUCGCCAUGUUAUCAGCCAGACAGGAGGAUACAGUGACGGACUCGCGGCAAGUCAGAUGUAUAGUCCGCAGGGCAUCAGUGCUAAUGGAGGUUGGCAAGACGCUACUACCCCAUCGUCGGUGACCUCCCCCACAGAAGGCCCUGGCAGCGUUCACUCUGAUACCUCCAACUGAUCUCCCAGCAAAUUGCAUCCCUGGCUGAGCCGGCCCCGGCGGGGGCGGGAGAGGAGGGGGCCUCUCCUAACACCGCAGCAGUCAGACUGGAGGUGAACCCAAUCAGCACACACAAGAAGACUCCUUCUCUUCUCUUCGUCGGGAUGCUUUUUUCAGCCAAUCUGGACACUUCUUUAUACUCUCUUCCCUUUCUUUUCUGGGUAGAAGCCGCUGUCCCCCUCCCCGCCACCGCCACGACACCGCUCCCUUCCCCUCCCCGCUUCCCACCCAAGCUAGAAGGAUUUUAAGGAGGAAAAGCAAAAAUCCACCACUACCACCACCACACAAAGCAAGCCCAGAGCAGUGUACAGCCUCGUGCUGGGUGUCUUUCUGAGGAGCUACAAAUGUACCUCAGUCACGUCUCACUCCCUCGCCAGCAGGCAGCCCCUGCCCCCCUUCCUUUCACGCUACCUCUCCGUAGGGAAUUGCCACCGUAGGGAAUCUGCUCCCUCCUCAUCUUUGCAGCUUCCCUCACUCAGCCCUGCCCUGUGAGCUGUCCCUGAGCUGCUGCAGGCACGGGGCAGGUGGCACAGCCCCCGUGCACGUAGAAGGAGCCAGCGUGCUCCCCCUCGCUCCCAAAAGGUACCGUUCCCAUUGCCAGCCCUGGGGAAAUUCCCAGUGCCAGCCCUUCCCAGCCAAGCAUCCCUCCCACUGGCUGCUGUGACCUGGAUGAGCUGUGGAGCCCUGCUGUCCUGCCUGGAGGGGAGAAGAGGAGGGAAGGAAGGGAGGCAGAGGCAGGUGAGAAGCGGCCAUCACUGGUAACACCUCCAGGAGCUGUGUGGGAUCAGGCAUGGAUGGCUGCUGGGACACCAGCAGCUCUCACAGCACCUAGAGAGGCUGCUGGUGGAGAGCAGUGCCACGGGGUGUUGGCUCCCAUUUCCAGGAGGAGCUGUGUCCCCAGUUCAGGCAGCACCCACAGAGGUUUGUGCCACCCCGCUGCGUUCCCAAAGCCAGCAGUGAGGGAUGGGCAGCAGAAUGCCAGGGGCUGGAAGUGCUGGGGUGAGUGUCUGGGGUGCUUUUGGUAGCUCUUCACACCACAGGUUUGCUCUGUAGGACGGGAGGCUGCCCCUCUGGGGGAUGUCUGGGUGCUGGAGCUGCUGGUUUGACCCCAGGAGUUACCUGGGCAGUGGCCAUGGAAGGACUCACGGGACUUUCUGCCCAGCUUUUCUGGCCCACUGUUGGGACAAGCAGUGGUGGCUGGCAAGCAAGGCUUCAUCCUGCCCCUUCAGGCUGGUGCUGGGAGGAUGUGGCUCCAUGGAAGAGCAGCAAGAGGCAGCACCAGCUUCCCUGAGCUUCGUGCCAGGGUGCGACUUGUGGCCAUCGGUUCUUUCCGUGGGCACGAGGAGGCUGAGCCAGCCUGCACCAAGACCCUGGGUGUGGUGGCACUGGUGAGGGUGCAGGAUGUCUGGCACCUCGUGGUGGAUGCCAGGAUGCCCUGGGAUCAGUUCCUCACGCUGUUGAAUGUCCAUACCCACCCUGCUUGUGCUGGUCUCCAGGUGGGAGCUGCCAGCGCCGAGCAGCGUUAAACAGAAACCAUUUAAAAUUAAAGCUCUGCCAAAAAUACUUCCACCCUUCUGCUGGAAAAAAUCAUGGUCCUUGGUGGUGUGGCUGCGGCUCCAGCACGCUGUCACCUCGCAGCACAGGUGUGUCAUGUGUCCAGCAGUGACACUCCUGCUCCUUUGGCAUCCAUGGCAGAGUGGGCAGAGCAGGAUGUGGCAUGAGGAGCCUGGGGCUGCCUCCCAGCUGCGUGCUAGGAGCAUGGAGAAGGUUGUUUUCCUGCCAGGACAGUCGGGAGGUGCUGCCCACCUUCCCCAGCUCUGCACCUUCCCACUUUCCUCCUCGUCUUCCCAAUCUGCCUUUUGUCCACUUGCAGCUUAUGUGACAUGAACCUGUCCUGGCACGGCGUUCCAGGGGCACAGGACUGGCUCGGGCCUCUCCUGCUGAGCCACAGCAGUGCCCUGCCUGCAGGAAUGCCACCAAUCCCUUUGGAAAGCACCUGGGAAUGAGCCAAACCACGCUGGGGCUGCCCCUCGCUCCUCCACGGUACUUUGCAAAUCCCCUCCUGGGUUCCCCGCUUGGUCCCUUCAGUUUAUGUUGGCUUGCCUUUUCCUUUGCUUUUUUUUUUUUUUUUUUUAAUUUUUUUUUGUUUUAUUUCUCCUCCCCAUUCUCCUCCUCGCCCUGCUCCAGCCCUGAGUGUUGUGGGGUUUUUUUCCUUCUUCUUUUUUUUUUAUUAUUAUUAUUUCUCUUUUCUGCCCAGAAAAACCUGACUUCGAUACCAAAAAAAAAAAAACAAAACAAAACAAAAAAAAAACCACAAAAAAAACACAAACAAAAAAAAAACCUGCAGAAACUCAAAAAAAAUAAAAAUGAAAAAAAAUCACAAAAAAAAAACUCGACGAUUCUUUCAGCUUUAUUAACAUUUUCCAUUGUUUCUUGCGAUUUGUGUCUCGUUCUUUGUAGUAUUGAUGAUAACGAACAUUUGAUAAUGAAUGUUCUUGUAUAUUCAGAUAAAGGAGAAAAAAAAAACCAAAAACGCAGUCGGAAUUUAAUAGUGUUUAUAAUAAAAGAAUAAAAAAUGACCCUCUUAGCACGCAAAAUUGAACAGGGGGAAGGUCCCAUCCCUGUUCUUUCUGUGGCAACAAGCGCUUCAUUCCUGUAUAGUUUAUAACAUCAAACUACCUACAUUCAUCCUCCUUUUUUUUUGUUUGUUUGUUUUUUCCCAUGGUUUGGGUUUUUUUUUUCCAUUUUCUCGCAUUUGUGAAUUAGUUCAAGAAUGCUAGAAAAGUGUAGAGUUGUGCACACUCAUUUCUUCUUACACAAUGUUUAAAAAGUGACGGUAAUUCAUUUUGUAAAACUUUAAAAAGAAAAAAAAUGGUUGGAAUAGUGAGCAUUAAUAGGUACAGUCUAACACUUUAUGUUUCUUAACGUUGAGACCCAGAAAUGAACCUUUUUGUUGGGGUUUUUUUUUUAUUAUUUUUUUGCCUUGUUUGGGAUGGGGGGGAGGGGGCUUUGAUGAUGAUGAUGAUGAUAAUGAUGAUGAUGAUGAUGAUGAUGAUGAUGAUGAUGAGUUUAUUUUGUCCAAGACGAUGGCCUUGCCACCUCCCCUGCGCUUUUGAGCUGUGGCCAGAGUGAUGUGAAAAGCGAUGCUGGUGUUUUUGGGGAAGGAUUUCCUCCCCACUCCUCUCAGACCCCAGCUCCAGAGGAUCCUG